AUGUAUAUACUAAUCACUUGGUUUUUAACCAGCUAUCGGGUGGAGCUUUCUGUCUAUGAUAAUGAGGAGCAGUGCACGUUCAUCAUUCUCGGAGAUGCUGGGAAAGAGCUCACUGGCAGAAAAGCAACAGAGAUGAUCAACGCUUAUGUUCAGGAAAAUGGUGGAGAUGCGUCUGAGCUUGAAGUUCCACUGCCACAAUGUUUUAUUGAUACAAUAGGCCAGACAAAGAAAUUCAAAAUCAAAGUCGCCCACUACAAUUUCACUUCAACCCGACUGUCCUUGAACGCUACCAAGAUAGUCUCACCAGCAGUUUUACCACCAAAGAAUCCGCCACUCAACACGCCACCUACUCUUCUUGGUGCACAAAAGCAUCGUCCAGGAGCUGAAGUCGAAAUCUCAGAUGUAGCUGAGAGCAGUGGUGGUGGUACUUCAGCCACUGACGACCAAAAGAAAGCUAAGCGUACCAAGCGUAGUGGCUAGAUCUCAUGCACCAAAAUCACUCCAUCAGUGGCUGGUACAGACUGCCCAGUCAGCAUCUCUCUCUAAUAAGAGUCUUCUGAUUUCUCUUAAGUCAGUUUGUUUUUUCAUCUUGCUAAGACAAUUUCAUUUUGGAAAAACGUUUUGGUUUUCUUAUCUUAUUAAGUUGUUUGGUUUUCAUUCCUAUCUUGGUUAUGCAGUCUUUAAAAUUUUAUGUAUUCGUGUUCAUUAUUGUACUAUGAACAGGUAAACAUAAUACAAUGCAUGGAGUCGAAUAAGGAAUACGUACAAUUCAUGCAUUGAUUCGUUUGCGUCCAGCUGUUAAUUAUUACACUUUGAUCUACCACAUAUUUGCCAUCAUAAAUCAAAAUCGAUUUAUCCAACCUUAACUGACCCAAUAGAAUAUUCUUCAAGCUGGCCACAAAUUUAAUAAAGGAUAUUGCCAUAUUUCAUGCCAAUAAUGCAGACUGCAUUCAUUAAGAAUUAAAUAGAAUAUAUACGACCAUUAAUAUACAAAUAACUAAAGAUAUGUAAAAACCACAUAACGUUUUGAAAAGAAAUAUUCGGGUCUUUCACUAAGGUCUACCCACAUAUCCAUCGCCUCUCAGUCUGCAAGAAAUUGACCUCGGCAACCGUGAAAGAUUUACGAGUCAAUCUUAUAUUCCGUGUAAGAUUUUUUGUAUUUCGAUUAUGUAUUUGCUUUCUUUUACUUUGUUCUGAUUUGUUAUUGUGUCUAUAGAAAAUUCCGUUGUUGUUUUCUGUUUUGCUUUGCUGUUGAUAAUCCUGUUGAGUCUUGGUUUUUCAAUAAGUUGUGUACGAGUCAAUACACCCCAAGAAAAUCCUGGUUAUUUAAGAUUGUUUACUUAUGGAAAAAAGCUUAUAUAUAGGAUUUAACUCUUAUUAGGUAUUGCGUUCCCGGAGGCAGGCAGUGAUUGUUGAUCUGAGCUUUUGUAUUAUGUGUAAGUUAUUAGUGUAUUAUUUAUACAACAAGAUUUCACUUAGUCUAACAUUUUACUAUUCUUCGUUUUGUUUAAGGCACGGCUGUCCCUCAACACCAUGGUCAAACCAACCUCCAAAGAUCCUCCACUUCUAGGAGGUAUUUGAAUUUACAAAUUCAUUUUUGAAUCAAAAAACAUUAUUAGUAUUGAUAUAUUAAUUUUUAAAAAAAGACUUUAUUAUUUCAUCAUUGUAAUUGUUUACAAAUGUAUAUU